AUGUCAUUACACAUCUAUCUGCCCACCCACUCAAAACUCGACGAACGAGUUGCAGAGCUGAAACUUGGUGACCACUCGGCACUUAGUACUGCAAAUUUCACUGUCCUUCGAUAUAAAGAAAAUGAAACUCAUAAAGCCAUCGUCGAUGAAGUUCUUCGGUCUAGAUUGAACGAUAUCGGCAAUGCGGUAGGAAAGCGCUUGAGCCGUCCGUCUAUGCAGCCAGAAAUUAUGCGCAACAUAUCUGGUUGCAUCACUACCAAGCGAGGGGAGAUAUUCGCUAUCGUACCUACUACUCCACUGCUUGAGACCCCUCAGCCAGCUACCAUCUAUCUUUGGAAGAACAAGGCGGAGAAGGUAGCGAAGCCGUUCGAGAAAGGAAUACACAUAGUGCUUGAGGAAGUUUCCUUCUCAGUGUCAGAUUCCGCUAAUUUUUGUGUACUACCAUUUCAGCACAAUCAUUAG